AGGGCAAUCUUCUUUUUGAACUUUGAAUGAACCAUUAAUAUUUCCUCGACAGUGUCGCGAUAUUUUGAAUUUUGUCGCUUUGGGGCCGCCAUUUUUGGGCAUUUACUCUUAUGGUGGGUUGGGGCUUCACGGAUGUAUUUAAUAGUCAUGAUUUUCCCGUCCUCGCAGCGUUUCUAGCUGUAUUUCACCGUAUAAACGUCCAAACCAGGUGAAGGCUAUGCCCUUCAGAAGACCUUCGAAGGUCAUUUCAGAAGGUCGCUUGGGUUGACGUCCUUGUGGCUGAAAGUUAUGCAUAGAAAUAGCUUGCCUACUCAUUUAUGUGGUCUUCUUGCUUGCUUUUUUUGAUGGGAUGCUUCUCGACCUAUUUUCUAUUUCCAGGAGUUGGAUGAAACAAUGGCAACACCUGAAGUCACAAGUCCUUCAGACAUUCAAGACGAUCUGAAAGAUGAAAAUCUUAAAGCCAGUGUGGCUUUAGACAAACUGAUUAUGGGAGUAACCCCAAAGUCAGUAGUCCCGGUUUCUGCCAGCGAUGACCAUGUGCCUUCUACUACCUACGUUACAAUUCAUCUCCCUGAUGGGACGCAGGGAUCAACCCUGAGUCAACAGAAGUUACAGGAACUUAUAAUGCACUUAUCUCAGUCUGGUCAAAUACAACUACGGGAAGACAGCAAAAUAGUUAUCGAUCUCAAAUUCACCGGUAAGUCAGGUGGUCAAGCUGUCCAACCGAAACUGGAAAACUCACUACAACAGUCUUCUGUAUCCAAUUGUACUCCACAAAUACAGACCAUGGCUUCAAGUAACCCUCACCGUGUGUUGCACGUUGGUAGCCCGGGUUCUGAUGGAAUUCAAAUUGUUCGUACUAUGCCUUCUUUUGUCAGCUCUAGUACUCAGAUAAUUUCAUUUCCGACAGUUGCAACACAACAACAAACAGUAGCCGCUCAUUCCAGUACUCCUAGACAGCAUAUUCAACAGCAGCCUACAUAUAUACUUGUCCCAGCAGCCCAACUAGCAAGUGGUACAGAAAAUCAUGUGUAUGCAAGCACGCCUAUACGUAGUGUUACAACAGGUUCAUCAGAUCGCAGCAUUAUUCUACUGCAACAACCAGUCGGUGGAAGUGGUAUUCACCUGGGAUCAACAAACACAAUUGUUUCUGGUUCAGGCGGAGCAGGCGGUGGUGGAACCACUUUAGUUCCUUUACGACCGUUGAACGUUUCUGGAGGCGGAAAUGGUUUAGUCUCCAGUGGUGGUACAACCCUAGUCAGUACAGGUUCAAAUCGUCUAAUUGGUUCUAAUGUUGGCGUUGAUUUAUUUUCAAAUAAUAACUCUGUGGGAUCACGGUCAUCACAAAGUCAGUCUAGUUCAGUCGGUCUGGUCACGAUCUCCGCGAAUGCAGCUGCGUCUGGCUCUUCAUCAUCUGGAACUCCUCAGCGUGAAUCAACCUGGCAGCAGUAUGUUAAACAGUUCACUAAACUUGGCCCCUGUCCAAUUUGUGGUGAUAAAAUCUCCGGUUAUCAUUAUGGUAUAUUCUGCUGUGAAUCCUGUAAAGGCUUUUUCAAGCGUACUGUUCAAAAUGCCAAACGAUAUGCUUGUCAUCGUCCUAAUGCAGCUUCACGAUGUGAAAUAAAUAUAAAUACUCGCAAAAAAUGUCCUGCUUGUCGUUUCCUAAAAUGCGUUGAUAAAGGAAUGCGUAUCGAAGCUAUCCGCUCAGAUCGAACUCGUGGAGGACGUAGUAUGUAUCCUGGCUCGCGUUAUUUACGUCAAAUUGCAGCACGUGUUAGUGGUAGUCGUUCCAAUUCUGGCCUAGAUAUGGAUGGAAAUAUGCUAGGCGGGUUAACAGAUCAAAGUCUAAUGUCAGAUGAUGGAGAUCAACUGUCAUGUUCUGUUGUUGGCUUAGCUGCGCAUACACUAGGUCCUGAUGGUUUACCAGCCUCGGAGGAUGCUGGUGGCGGUGUCUAUCUAGAUCCUGGUGUUCUUGGUACACAUGAUAAUGAUGAUGAAGAAAUAGACUCUGGGAGUUUACGUGUUGAACCGAGUAUACUGGAAUGUGGUAAUGGGAUUGUCGGUGGUGCAAAUAUUUCCACAUCUGUUGUUUCACCAUAUAGACAAGUAAUUGUAGGCGGAUCUAAUGAAUCAAUACCACGAGUGAGAGAACAACUCCCAAAGAUUAUUCGCGAUAUCCUCUUAGUAGAGGAGACUAUAGAAGCGGAACCAGAGGAUGCAUUGGAAAUCGAUGCUUCAGUUGGAUCAGACACUCCCAUACCAGAAGGUGUUUCAGAGGAUGAAGCUGCCGUGUAUCGUGCCCUAUUAAAUUUAGCAGAUCAACGUUUGUAUAGAACUGUACGUUGGUCUAGAGCUCUUCCAGAUUUCUCUCUACUUGAUACCGAUGAUCAAAUACUUUUAAUUCAAAAUUGUUGGGCAGAUUUACUAUGUCUUGAUUGUUGUUGGCGUUCAUUACCUACACCCACGGAAAUUCGUCUUACAUCAAGUAAAUGUAUCAAUCUUGAGGCAGCACGUGAAAUGGGUGCAGAAGAAAUAGUCGAAAGAAUUUUACAACUAACACAAUCCUUAACCAGAUUACAAUUGGAUGUUGUAGAAUAUGCAUGUCUGAAAGUUAUUGUUCUUAUGCAACCUGAUUUGAGUAAUUUGAAAGCCAGUUCUCAAGUACGAUCUUAUCAUGAAUGCGUACGUGAACUGUUAAUGGAUUAUGUUGCAAAAUCAUCACCUGAUAUCAAUGAUAAAUUCAACAAACUAAUUAAUCGUAUCCCUGAGUUGCACAAAACAAGUCAAGCUGCACGUUUAAUGCUUGUCGACUUAGAUCUCUCCGCUUACCUGUCAAGUAAUUCAUUGUUAAUGGAACUGUUACGCAGUGAUAUACAACGGUAUACACCGAAUCAUGGCAAUGGUAAUAAUAAUAAUAAUUCGUCUGAUUCAGUAACCGCCUCCGCCACUACCACGACUACUACUGCAGCCAGCUUACAAGGCUCAACUACAAAUCUCUCGGGAAAGACAGUUUCAAUCACUUUAGGAUCUGAUUCCACAGAUGAUGAUCAUAAAGAUCCUAAUUUGAUUCAAUCACCUGUUGUCAGUGAUUUAUUAUCCAUGCCUAACACUACUGCUACUACUACGAAUACUAAUUUUAUGAAUAAUAGUAAUAAUAAUAAUAAUGUGACAACAAUAACAGAAAGUAGACUUAGCGAAACAAUCAAUAAUCGUUCUAAAUAG